AUGACGACGACAACUAUGUCCAAAGAUGUUAAUUAUGAAAAUGAAGGAGAACCAUUCAGACUUUUGACUGGUGUUGAAUACAUUGUUGGAAGGAAAAACUGUGAAAUUCUAAUUGACAAGGAUCAGUCAAUCAGUCGAAAUCAUGCUGUGUUAACUGCUAACUUUUCUGUAAUGAACUUGAGUCAGGCAGAUGAAAUCCCCAUAUUGACAGUAAAAGAUACUUCUAAGUAUGGUACCUUUGUUAAUGAUGAAAAAAUACAGAACUGUGUCUCCCAGACUUUGAAGACAGGAGAUAGAGUUACCUUUGGAGUAUUUGAAAGUAAAUUCAGAGUAGAGUAUGAGCCUUUGGUUGCAUGCUCUUCUUGUUUAGAUGUCUCUGGGAAAACUGCUUUAAAUCAAGCUAUUUUUCAACUUGGAGGACUUUCUGUAAACAGUUGGACAGAAGAAUGUACUCACCUCGUCAUGACAUCAGUUAAAGUUACCAUUAAAACAAUAUGUGCACUUAUUUGUGGAUGUCCAAUUGUAAAGCCAGAAUAUUUCACUGAAUUUCUCAAAGCAGUUCAGUCCAAAAAGCAGCCUCCACAAAUUGAAAGUUUUUACCCACCUAUUGAUGAACCAGCUAUUGGAAAUAGCAAUAUUGAUCUAUCAGGGCGACAGGAAAGAAAAGAAAUCUUCAAAGGGAGAACAUUUGUAUUUCUAAAUGCCAAACAGCAUAAGAAAUUAAGUUCAGCUGUUGUUUUUGGAGGUGGGAAAACAAGAUUGAUAACAGAAGAAAAUGAAGAAAAAGAUGAUUUCUUUUUAGCUCCUGGAACUUGUGUUGUUGAUGUAGGAAUAGCAAAUUCACAGACUUUAAUUCCUGACUCUCAGAAAAACUGGAUUCAUUCAAUUAUGGAUAUGCUUAAGAGGCGGGGUCUUAGGCCUAUUCCUGAAUCAGAAAUUGGAUUGGCAGUUAUUUUCAUGACUACAGAGAAUUACUGUGAUCCUCAGGGCCAGCCCAGUACAGGAUUAAAGCCAACUACUCCAGGGCCAAGCCUUUCCCAAGGCUUGUCAUUCAACGAAAAACGACAGCCAAGUGUCCUGGUGAAUACCACAACCUGCGUACCUGAGACAGAAUCGGAGCAAGUGGACACAUGUAUGGAUUUCAGUGAAAGGCCAAAAGAAAUCAAGAUACCCAGAAUGGAUCAGAACUUGAGAAUGCUUUCAGAAGAAACAUCCACUGUAAAGGAACCCCCCAGAGCAAGCUGUAAUCGUAAUAAGACAGUCUCAAAUACUCUGGUUAAGAUGAAAAUCCCAGGCUAUCAGCUUUCACCAAAUAAAUUCCCAGGUGUAAGUAAAAGUGGAGAUCGGGCUUCUCAGUACCAACAGACCAACUCCAUCAAAAACUACUUUCAACCAUCAACCAAAAAAAGGGAAAGAGAUGAAGAAAAUCAAGAAAUGUCUUCCCCCAAAUCAACAAGAACAGAAAUGUCUUGUUCUAUUUUAGAACAAACACAACCGGCUACACUCUCAACAUGGAAAAAUAAGGAGCAGUAUCCUUCUCAGAAUGAGUCUGUGGACAAAAAAUCAGAUAAUUUAUUUACAGAUACAGAUUUAAAAUCUAAUGUGAAAAAUCCCACUGGUAAAUCUCUUCCUACAGAAAAGCUAGUAUCAAAAAAAAGAAAAGAAAUUGAUGAUUUGGCCAUAGAAGAUGAAGUAUUAGAACAGUUAUUCAAGAACACAAAACCAGAGUUGGAAAGUGAAGUGAGAGUUAAAAAACAAGAGGAGGAUGUCAGCAUCAGAAAAAAACCAAGGUUGAUUAUAGAAUCAAAGGAUAUUUUUAAUGAUGAAGAAGUACCAGAAAGUAACGCAAUAUCUAACAAUGGUGAAAUUCAGGAUGACGAUGAGAUGCUUCCAAGGAAGGUAGUACUGACUGAAUUUAGGUCACUGGUGGUUAGUAACUCAACCUCCAGAAACCCAUCCAUUGUAAAUAAUGAUUAUUGUCAACUGAAGAAUUUCAAGAAAUUCAAAAAGGUCACAUUUCCUGGUGCAGGAAUACUUCCACACAUCAUUGGGGGGUCAGACCUCAUAGCUCAUCAUGCUCGAAAGAAUACAGAAUUAGAAGAAUGGCUAAGACAGGAAAUGGAGGUGCAAAAUCAGCAUGCAAAAGAAGAGUCUCUUGCUGAUGAUCUCUUUAGAUAUAAUCCUAAUGUAAAAAGGAGAAGAUAA